UAAAUUUAGUGCUAAAUAUGAGAUUCUUGUCAACGAAAUUAAAUUCAAAAUCAAUCAGUGACGAUCAAAAAUAUUAAUAUAUGUUUUGGUUUCGAUGGUGAAUUUCCAUUACCAAAUUCUGCCAAUAUUAAUGAGUACAUAUAUAACCGUAAUUAGUGUCAUAUUUAGCUUCAAUUAUAUAAUUUGAAAUAUUCAUAUGGCAAUCAUACAUUGUGACAAAUGAAUUAAAGAAAUUAUUACUUUUAAUCUAUAUAUAUUAGAAAAUAAAAAGUCACAAAUAUUAGAUAUAAUGAACUAUGGAACAAAAAUUUGCAUGUUUUUAUAAUGUAAGCUUAUUUGUUUUGUUUUUUUUUUUAAGUUUGUGUAGUUGGUAGGUGCAAUUAAGUAUAUCUUAUGAAAAAUCAAAUUUAUAAGAGUGAGUAAAGACUAAUAUAAAUUUAUUAUGAAUUUAAGAAAAAAAAUGAGAAACAUGAGUUUACGGUUACCAGCUUUGCAAGCAAAUCGCCAUAAUGAUAUCAAAAUCUCACUAUUUAAUUUUACGUAACUUACGCUCCACUACAAUUUUAAACUUGUCGUAAUUGUAAUAAUCGCUGAUAAUCAACGCUGAAAAAAAAUAUUACAUUAAUGAUUGCCAUAUGUAAUUCCAUGGUAGUAUUCCAAAUUUAUUUGUGUUUCCAAAUUUAAGGAAAUAAUAGUUAAAAUCAUUAUAUUAAAGGAUUUUACUUGUUCAAAAUGUAUAUUAUAAUUUAAAAUUACAUAAUUUAGGAAAAAUAAUUGAAUUCAAAACAAUUUUACACCAACAAAAAAUUAUACAAUCAAUAACUCCAGAAAUGUUUUCCCACCAAACGAAUUUCAUAGAAUCCCAUAAUAUUUAUACAUUCACGAAUACAAUUCAAUUUGGUUUGAUAGACACGAAACCGGUUUAUUAAACCGAGCUGGGUGUUUAUUAAAAAUCUAUUUUAUAAUUUCAACAUAUUUCAAUUGAUAUACAAUAAAAUAUAUUAAUAUAUUUAUUCUAUUGAUAUAUGAUAAAAUAUAUAAACAAAAUAAUGGUUUAACUAUAUGGUUGACUUAAUAAUUCAUCCCGAAGCCACUAAAAUAAUUUAGAGUAAUGUUUGUAUCGUUAUACUCAUAUAUUAUUGAGAAUAUGAAAAACCGAUGAUAAUUAUAUAUUGCCAUUUUGAUUUUAGUGGUUUGUAUACAUGAUGCAAAUGACCAAUAUAUCAUGCUGUCUUGAUUUUAUGUAAAAAAAAUAAUCAUGGAGUAUAAAGGUAUUGGAGAGUUCCUCCUCGUACAUGGUCUAUGCUAAAUCAAAUUUUUUUUGGGCAUAGGACAAAUCAAUUUCGUGAACGUUCACUAUAGAACCGGUUUCUAUAUCGGAUAUUGAGGAUGCAUAUAAUAUAUCAUAGUAAUUAAAAUCUAAUGAUCAAUGGUAAGAUAUGUAAUUAAUCUAGUAAAACGAGGGUCUUUAAAUAUAUGAUGUGAGAGUGAUUUUGGUGUUGCCACAUAAGAAAUAACAUUUUUUUUAUAAUAACACAUGAAAUAAAUGUUAUUUAAUAAUAGUGCUUCUCAAAUAAUAAAAAAGGAUAUUAAAAUAAAGUCGGUUCAAUAUUAUUAACUUAAAUAUAAUAUAAACUUAUAUUUAAUAUUUAAUAGAGACAUUCUCUAGGAUAGUACUUUUGAAGUUUUUUUCACAAAAAUAGCUUUUAGUGAAAAAAAUGAUUAAAAUAAGUUUUAUUAAAUUUUUAUUCUAGGGUUAACGAGGUUUCGAUUGGGGAUUUGACUUUAGAAGCUGUAGAGGCUUUCAGAUAAUCUUAAAGUCUCUAAAGUUAAUUUUAUGCCAAUCAGGCUUUAGACUUUCUAAAGUCUUUAAAGUCAUCCUAAAAUAUCUCAAAGCCAAAAUGACUGUUUUUGUACAUAACGUGAGUUGGUUUUCUUAAAGUCACAAUUUAUGGCUUUUAAUGUUUCUAAAGCCACAAUUUUAAAAGCCAACUUUUAUAAACAGUCAAAAUUUUCACAGUCACCCUCAAUCGGACCCCUAAUCUAUACUUAGAGUUUAUAGUUAAUGAGUGAUAUUUUGAGAAUAGGGUUUCAAAAUUAAAAAAAAAAACAAAAAAUAAAUAUUAAAAAUUUCAAAAUAAAAAAGAUAUUUUGGUCUUUUUCUUUCCGGAGAGCUAUUUUUUUUUAAUUAUGCAUAAGAUAAUGAUAAAUUAUCAUCUAAAUCACUAAUAUUAUUUAUUUGGACUAAUAACUGAGCAUAAAAUAUGACUAAACCUAAAAUUAUUGGAAGCAUGACAAAUCAGCAAAUUCACUUUUCAAUAAUAAUAUAGAUAAAUAAUUAUAAACUUUUUAUGCAUGCAUGUGCGGACAAAACACCUAGUUAUAUAUAAAUUUAAGCAUCUAAAUCCUCUAGUCAAUGUGUCUAAAAGUCGUUUUCUCGAGACAUGUACUACAUGGACAACAAUUGUCAAUAUUACAAAAGUGAACCAAAAACAGCAACCUAAAGUACGUACAUAGUUUGCGUAUUGUUUAUGCUUAAAUUGUAAUAUCUGAUCUGUUAAUAAUUUUGAUUAUACAUAUAAGGCCGGCUCAACAUUUAUUUUGGUCCCUAGAAUUUUUUUUUUAACCUCCUGAUAUUUAUGUUUAUUUAAAAUUAAAAUAUAUUUACAUUUUUUAUCAUCAACAUCUUUAUAAAUUUUGUGAUAACAAAAUAUGUUGUAAAAUAUUUUAGGGUCCAUUUUCAACCAAAUUUAAUAAAUAUUUAGAUUUUCUAUAUAAAUAUGUAUAUGUUAAAAAAAUUAGACCUUUUAAUUAUCUAAAUACGGAGAGAAACAGAUCUAAAUUCGGUCACCUCUUGUCUCUCUAUAUUAACUGAUCAUGAUCCCUAUAUUAGCCGACCUUGCAUAUUGCAUAUUGUUCAUCUAUUUAAAGCUUACAUUGCAUCACCCAAAAGUUUUUUUAGUUAAUAUAUUUGAAAUUUUGAUGAAAUAGUGAUUUGAAAUGUUAUUUUAGAUUUAGAAAAAAAAAAUUAAUAUAUUUUUAUCUGAAAUUGUUGUUCAAUGCAAAACUAUUAUAAUCUUUAAAUUAGUCGUUAUAGGCCUUUAAGUGGAAUAUUUCGGCCCAAUGGGCAUAUCUCGCCCCUUUUUCAGUCAACUCAGUUUCAUUUUUAGUUUCAACCCAAUUUGAUCAAAAAAAAAAAAGUUUCAACCCAAAAGAAAAAGAAAAUUGUCGUCUUCUUCAAUUCUUCUUCGUCGUCUUCACCUCCAUUUUUAAAGCAGUAGGUUGUCAAUGGCGCGUAACCGGGAGGGUUUGGUUUUGUUGGUGGAUAUAGGCCCUGCCAUGCAUAGUGUACUCCCUGAUGUCGAAAAGACAUGUUCUUUGCUCAUGCAAAAGAAGUUGAUUUACAACAAGUUUGAUGAAGUUGGAAUUGUUGUCUUUGGAACUCAAGAAACCGAAAAUGAGCUUGCUAGGGACAUAGGUGGAUAUGAGAACAUUAAGGUGUUAAGGAACAUCAAAGUUGUUGAUGAACUCGUGGUUGAUCUUGUAAAGCGUCUCCCUCGAGGACCUGUAGCUGGCGACUUUCUUGAUGCUUUGAUUGUUGGGAUGGAUAUGCUUAUAAAGAUGUAUGGUGCUGGGCAAAAAGGGAAAAAGCGGUUGUGUCUCAUCACCAAUGCAGCUUGUCCUACCAAAGAUCCAUUUGAAGGGACCAAAGAUGAGCAAGUCAGUACCAUUGCUGUGAAAAUGGCUGCAGAGGGUAUAAAGAUGGAAAGCAUUGUUAUGAGGGCUGAUGCAAGCGGUGAUGUUGAUGAGAGGAUAAUAGAGGAGAAUGAUCAUUUGUUGACUUUGUUCUCCACCAACGCCAUUGCGAAAACAGUGUAUGUUGAGAGUCCACUCUCACUGCUAGGUUCCUUAAAGACCCGGAGAGUUGCUCCUGUUACUUUGUUCAGAGGUGAUCUUGAGAUUAACGCAUCAAUGAAGAUCAAGGUGUGGGUUUAUAAGAAAGUCGCUGAGGAGAGACUUCCUACGCUAAAAAUGUAUUCUGACAAGGCCCCUCCAAGUGACAAGUUUGCUAAACACGAAGUGAAGAUCGAUUAUGAUUAUAAAGUUACCGCAGAGACUAGUGAAGUUCUUGCUCCAGAAGAAAGGAUCAAGGGCUUUCGCUAUGGACCUCAUGUCAUUCCUAUCUCACCGGAUGAGAUGGAAACACUCAAGUUCAAAACUGAAAAGGGCAUGAAGCUUCUUGGAUUCACUGAUGCAUCAAACAUACUCCGACAUUAUUACAUGAAAGACGUGAACAUAGUUGUUCCAGACCCGAGCAAAGAAAAAUCUGUGAUUGCAGUCUCUGCGCUUGCAAGAGAAAUGAGGCAAACAAACAAGGUGGCAAUUGUACGUUGUGUCUGGAGAAACGGACAAGGGAAUGUAGUUGUUGGGGUCCUCACUCCGAAUGUGUCUGAACGAGAUGACACCCCUGAUUCUUUCUACUUCAACGUGCUGCCUUUCGCCGAGGAUGUCCGCGAGUUUCCGUUUCCUUCUUUCAGUAGAUUUCCUGCGUCGUUGAAGCCUGAUGAGCAACAGCAAGCGGUGGCUGAUAACUUGGUUAAGAUGCUUGACCUUGCACCUUCUCCUAAAGAGGAAGUGCUAAAGCCUGAGCUUACUCCUAACCCAGUUCUGCAGCGCUUUUAUGAAUACCUCGAGUUGAAAUCAAAAUCCACGGACGCUGCUUUACCUCCAAUGAAUGAAGCUUUCAAGAGGAUUAUGGAGCAGGAUCCAGAACUCUCUUCCAGCAAUAAAUCUAUAAUGGAUUCUUUUAGUGGAAGUUUUGAAGUGAAGGAGAACCCAAAGUUGAGAAAGGCUUCUAAGAGAUUGUUAAGGGAUAAGCCAUCUGGUUCAGAUGAUGAAGACAAUCGCAUGAUUACUUAUAAUCCCAAUGAGAACAGUAUUGACACAGUUGGAGAUGCAAACCCGGUUCAAGAUUUUGAAGCUAUGAUAUCUCGAAGAGAUGGCAAUGAUUGGACUGAUAAAGCAAUCAGUGAGAUGAAAAAACGGAUAGUGAAGCUGGUGGAAGAUAGUAGUACCACCGAUGAAGGUGAUAAAGCAUUGGAAUGUUUGCUCUCUUUACGUAAAUGCUGCGUCUUGGAACAGGAGCCAAAGCAGUUCAAUGAGUUCUUGAACCAUCUAUACGAGUUAUGCCAAGAAAAGAAGUUGUCUCAUUUUCUUGAACAUUUUACGUCCAAGAAGAUCACAAUGAUUCCCAAAUCAGAAGCAGCAGACAGUGAUGUGGCUGACGAGGAGGCUGCAGAUUUCACCCUCAAACAAGAGCCAAAGCUCGAGACCUAACAAAGAUCUUCACUACAAUCUCACUUGUGGUAGUGUGACAAUAUUUUCCAAAACGAUGCUGGUGUUUUGUCUGACUCUUUGUUGCCUGUUCAAGACUCGGCACCUAGUUUGUUAUCGCCAUCAUUGCUAAUUUCAGAAACGAUCUUAGUGUAAAUGGCUAGGACUGUUUUUUGAUGGGUGAUAAAAGUAUUGAAAGUGUUAUUUUCAACACAAUACUACUCACAAGCUCAUCUUAAAAACUCA